AUGUGUGGCAUUUUGUUGCAUUUUCAAAAGCAAGGAAACUUUAAGGAUUCUGCAGUUUUUGGCUCUGACCGUGUUUUUAAAUCUUUGAUUCCAAUUAUACGAGAAAGAGGAGGUGAUCAUGAAAACUAUAUGACUUAUGAACACACGGAGAUCUACUCUUCUGUCCUUUCACUUCGCCAACCAAUAGCAAGACAACCCAUCAGUGACGAGAGGUUUGUUAUACAGUUCAAUGGUGAAUUAUACAAUAAGGGGAUCACGAAGGGGAUGAAUGAUGUAGAGUAUCUGCAUGCCAAAUUAUCAAACGAUUAUAAAGGCAGGGUAAUUGAAACGAUUGGUCAUUUAGAGGGUGAAUUUGCCUACUCAAUCUAUGACAAAAUGGAAAGAAAAAUAUAUUUUGGUAAAGAUAUACUAGGCAGAAAAUCACUAUGCUUUUCCACCAAAGCGUGCGACGGACUUUAUAUCAGUACUUGCCCACCGUGGAACAGUGAAGAUCGAGUUAAUUUCAAUGAAUGUGAGAAGGCUAAAGUAUAUGUAUAUGACCUCGAAACUUGUGAGUUGGGCAAUAUUCCUUUUGACACGUCAUCAUUAUUACCUUGUUCUUAUAAAGUCUUGAAUAACGUCACUGACAAUGUGGAUCGCAAUAAACUUAUCAGUCAGUUGCAUGUUGAAUUAUCAAAAUCUGUUGAGAGACGCAUAUCGACCAUUUUCCCGCUAAAAGAAGCUUCAACUAAAAGCAAGUUUGCAAUUUUGUAUAGUGGCGGCAUAGAUUGCACCAUACUAGCCGGUAUAUGCGGAGAAAUUUGUCAGGAAAACACUAUAAUAGAUUUGUUGAAUGUUUCAUUUAGUAACCCAAGGGCCAAAUUAAGUUACGACGAAACACCUGAUCGAACUUUGGCAAUCAAAAAUUGUCAAAAACUAAACGAAAAGUAUAAUAAGGCUAAUAAGGUGUAUUUUAAUUUGGUAAAAGUGAACAUACCAUAUGAAAGUUACCAGAAGGCCAAAGAUCGUGUCAUUAAGUUGAUUUAUCCCAACGAUACUGAAAUGGACUUAUCUAUUGCUAUUGCCUUUUACUUUGCGUCUAGCGGAGUAAACAGUGAAGGACAGGACAGUGAAUGUAAAGUACUUCUCAGCGGUUUAGGAGCUGACGAAUUGUUUGGAGGUUAUACCAGACACGAAAGAAUCUUCACCGGAAUAAGCAACCAAGUCAAGAGAAAAUUGAAAAAUAAACCUGCCAAUGAUACAAACACCUAUGAUUUGAAUGAACUAAAUAAAGAGUUGAGAGAUGAACUACAAUGCGAUUUAGAUAGACUAUGGGAAAGAAAUCUCACUAGGGAUGAUAAAGUUAUUUGUAGCUGGAACAAGGAGGUAAGAUAUCCCUUUUUAGAUGAAUCAUUUGUGAAGUGGGUUACUACAGAAGGCGCAAUCCCAUUAAAUUGGAAACUGAAUUACAAAAAAGAAACGGGUGAAAUUACUAGGAAGAAAGCUCUUCGUGAGCUUGCUGAUUUAAUGGGUCUUCAUUUUGUUGCACAAGAACCGAAACGUGCCAUCCAAUUUGGCUCCAAAAGUGCAAAAAUGGAUAUUGGAUCAGGUAAAGUCAAGGGUACUGAUAAACUGGCUUAA